AUGGCCUCCAAUGGCACCCCGAAGCCUCCGCGCUCACCACAGUUCCCCCAAGCCAACGCACCCCGGGUUUGGUUCCUUACCAACGGCGCAUCCCCGAUCGCUAUCUCACUGGCGCGGAAGGUCCUCGAGCAUGGCGACUGUGUAGUCGCGGGCGUUUCGCCUCUAGAAUUUGAGAAAAACGAGGAUCGCAGCCUGGAGUUCAAGGAGUUCUUGGAAGAGGUGAAGCGGCUCGAGCGGUGGAGGGAGAAGCUGAGAGUCGUAGGGCUGGAUGGGAGGUGUGCAAUCGCACAAUGUCAAGCCGCCAUCGCAGAAGCCGUGCAAGCCUUCGGCAGGAUAGACGUCCUACUCGGCUGUUCCAGCGAAGCUGUCAUCGGCACAAUCGAAGAGUUAUCCCAAACCCCCCACACCCACUCCCUCGCACGCUCCCAACUCGAAACCACCUUCCACGCCUCCGCCAACAUCAUCACUGCCGUGCUUCCGCACAUGCGCUCCCGCCACAACGGCCACAUCAUAAUGCUGACCGGCAUAACCGGCCACCUCGGCACCCCAGGCCUCGGUCUCUACUGCGCCGCGCAGUGGGCCCUAGAAGGCUACUGCGACAGCCUGGCGUACGAAAUUGCGCCGUUCAACAUCAAGAUGACGAUCGUGCAGCCGAACCUCGAGGUCGGGGUGCUCGGGAACAGGAUUACGGCUGCGCCGGCGAUGGCGGAGUAUGCGCCCGAGGCUAAUCCGGCGCCGUUGGCGAGGGAGCUGUUGGGGGGCUUGCUGGAUCGGUUGACUGGGAGCGGGCAUGCGACUGCCGCGAGCCCUGGAGACGAUGGUGUCGAGGGUGAGGAUGAGAAUGAGGACGAGGACGCCGCUAUGGCGGACGCCGCUGCAGAAAGUCCCGCGACGAGCCCAGCAAACAUCUCACCGCUACCCUCAAACGCGCCGCACAAUCCCCUGCCCAGCGACCUUCUCUCCUCCGCCGCCCCACCAGCCCUCUAUCCGCACCUGCCUGCAGCCGUCAAAGCAGCCCUGAUAGCCGAGACCGUGCACGCGCUUGCCGCCAUCGGUGGACACGACAACCCGCCCGCGCGGCACAUUGUUGGCUUCGAGGGCGUCGCGAGUGUCAAGGAGAAGCUGAAGACGGUAAGCGAAGAGCUGGAGGACUUUAUCGAGGUUAGUGCGGGCGUGGAUAUCGGGAGGGGUGGGGAAGGGGGUGUGAUGUAG